CAACAAUCGAUCGACGGUAACAGAUGGGGUGUGUUUUGUGACUUGGCGCUCCGUAGCAAAUCUGCAUUUUUUUGUCUUCACAACACCAAAACAGUGUUAUUAAUUGUCAGAGUAGUGUAAUAGAUAUCUGGAGUUACCACUGGAUCGUUUUAAAUACAUUUUUAUUCAUUAAUUGCCUGACAUAUGCUGAGACAAGUUCGGUAAUACUUCUGGUUCGAAAAAUCAAUCGUGCGUGAAGAUAGCUUGCUGUAUAGGCUACAGUACAAAUACAUACGUGUACGGUGUAGGCUUAUUUGAUGCGGGCAGAAAGAGUGCAGUGUCACACGUGAAGUACUAAGUAAAGAAUCUUUCUCGUAAAAAUGUCGGAGCAACAAGCCACAGAAGAGGUCGAGGAGCAACAGACGACACAAGAACAAGAUGAAGAAAAGCCCACAGACGACAGCGCAGAACCAGAGGAGGAGCAAAAGGACACGAAGGAAGACGGAGACAAAACAGAACCAGGGAAGGAAGAUAAUGAAGGUAGAGAAGCCAGGCUAAGGAAACGGAGAAAAGAGAAAGGAACAGGUUCGACGAUAGAGUCAUCUAAAAGACAGAAGCAGUUCGUUGCCGAAUUCAAUAGAUUGAAAGCCAGCCUGGAGAAGGAGGCUACAAAAAUCGUCAAACCGGAAUUCAAGCAAUACUCGCCAUACAUCCACACUAGUCUGGCGCCUUACUACAACACCUACACCGUGCAAUUUCUACUCAGUCUGCCUCCACAUGUACGGCACGGCUACAUCACUCGUAAAACUGCGAUUGGCAUAGUGGAUCCUGAAGUAUCGCACAACAUGGAUAUAAAUGUCGAUGAGGUCCCAGAAUCGGUCUCUAUUCCUGUAACAUCGAUGGAUCCCGAACUUUCGCCGAGAAGUCAGGGUCUUAAGGGUGGCAAAGAGGGCAGCACCAGACUACCCAAGUGGCCUGUCGUCAAGUUUAAGAAGACGGAAGAUCCCAAUAAGAAGCUCAACUGGGGCGACGUGCCAAGAUUGAGAGAUUCCCUGAAGACGCAGUACAGCAGCAACGCCCAGGAGCGCAUCAAGAGCGACUACGAGCGCACCAGGCAAGACUGGGACCGCAUGGAGCUCGACAAGCUGAGAGACAUCCACGAGGUCAGUCGCAGUCACAUGCGCAUCACCUGCGGUACGUACCUAGGCACUUCCAAGGGCUCGCAUAAGGCCGUCAAGAACCUGACCAAAGUUCUUGAGUAAAUUCCCUCAAUCAGUAUUCAUGAGUGUUUCUAAAUUCGGAGGCUGUGGUUUCGAAUUACUUGACUACGGCUGUCGGUCACCAUGCGUCUAUGGGAAGUGGCUGCUGCUGCUUCCAUAGGCGCGUGUGUUAUUGCUAGCCGUAGCCAUGUCAUUCUGAUGUAGCCCUAGUUCAUAUUCUGUGCAGGAUGUGUAUGUCUUAAACCAUGGCCAAGUUCGGGCAAGGACCAUUAGUCGACUAGUGGUUGAUUUGUGACGUACCUUACGCCUGCGCACUGAUAGCAACGUGCGAAC